AUGGGAAGAUUGAGUGAUUUCAAGUUUUGGGAAGAAAGGUUACCGGUUGCUCGUCACGGCUGUGAGGAUGAGCUGUUUGAAUUCCAAAUGUGUGGAGAAGAUCAACUCGGAGCAUCGUCUCCUCUGCUGUGGAGAAGACCAGAAACCUCCACUUUGCUGCCGGAGAACCACCAGUAUAGCUGUCUCUCUCCAACGUCCCGGUUGAGGGCAAUCGUUGAUAGUAGAAAGGAGCUCAUGGAGAUGCUCAAGCAGAUGCCCGAAUCUUCUUAUGAACUGACACUCAAAGACAUAGUAGAGCAGCAAGACAAGGAAGAUGCGGUAGCAGAAGAAGACAAAGUGAAGCAUAAAAUCCCGGUGAGGGCAAAGAGUGCCAACACUAAGCAAAUAUGCAGGAGCGAAAGCAUGGAGAGCGAAGUGUUCCUACUAAAGAUGUUCUUACCUGUAUCUCUUAGUUCGAAGAAGAAGAAGAAGAAGAAGGCCAAGCCGAGGAAGCACUCGAGAGAGGCGCCUGAGAAACAAGCAAAUAAAGAAUGGUGGAAGAUUAUAUAUCUAGCUAUAACAGAUUAUCAGAAGAAUGCAAAUAUCAUCAGAAAGAGUAAUAUUAGUAACCUAACCAGCGAGAAGAAGAAAUACAAAUCAGAAGGACAGAGAGGGUGCCUGUUCUGGACAAGUUCACAGAGCUGCAAAAGUUGAUCGUGUAGAUCAAGCACAGCAAGCAGCAUAUAUUUGAAAUGCCGCACAUCCAGAUGCUGCUAAAAAAUUUCAAGGUACCAGCAGGCAUCAGCUGGAACGCUUCCCACCAAACGUAUUGAAAGCUGACUUUAUUUGUAGUCACAAAUAUUGUACCAGUAGGUUGCAAGCAGACGCGUUCAGUUGCUAUGUAGUAAAGCCACAACUAGUACAGUAGAGAGAGGGCCAACAGGUUUAUAAGUAUGACAGUGGCGAUCAAGCACAACUAAUACUUUUUUUUAGACAAAUCAACUCCAGAAUUUACGUAUUGUUCAAAUUCCAUUUCUAGUUGUAACAAAUGAAAAUACAAAUUGUCACAAGAACCUUUACUAGCAGUUGCAAUUCACAUCA